GAAAUUUAAAGAAUUUGAACCUGCAGUGACUUCAGCAUUCCACAUAUUAAUUUAAAUGACACAGUUUCCAGUGCCUAAUCUCCACCCAGUAUGCAUGGUUUUGGUUUAAUCACUAAGCAAAUCCAUCCACACUAUCUUUCACUUUCUGGUGGCCAGAAUUGUUGAGGAAUCAUCACACUUUGAGUCCUGCAGAAUCUUAAUUACCGUUACCUUUGUUUAAAUGGCUGAAAUUUUCAUCUCCAUAGCUGCCAAGAUCUCAGAAUAUGCGGUGGAUUUAGCGAUACGUCAAGGACAGUAUCUGUUUCGUGCUGGAAGAUUCAUUAAGAAUCUUGAAAAAGAAAAGCAGAAGCUGAUUUCAACUCUAGGUAGUGUGCAGAAAAGAGUUGAAGCAACUGAUAAAACAGAACAAGUCAAAGAUUCUGUUCUGAAGUGGAUCAAUGAAGCCGAAAAGCUUGUAGAAGAGGUGGAGAAUCUGGAAACAGAAGUAGAGACUAAUGGAAGUUGUUUCAAGGGACAAUGUUCUAUUGGGAAGAGAUAUAAUCUGUGCAAGAAAAUGCAACAGAAAAUAGAGUCUCUAAUAAAUCUGAACAAAAAUGGUCAAUUUGAUACUAUUUCCUUCCCUGCUCCAAUUCCAGGCAGUGAGUAUUUAUAUCCUGGAAACAUUGUUUACUUCAAGUCCACACAAAAAGCUUCGGAUCAAAUUUUGGAGGCGUUGCAAGAUGAUAGUGUCAAUUUGAUUGGACUCUAUGGAAUGGGGGGUUCUGGUAAGACAAUACUGGUGAAAGCAGUUGGUAACAAGGCCAAGACUAUGAAUCUUUUCGACCGAGUUGUGCUUGCCACUGUGUCAGAAACUCUGGAUAUCAAAGAGAUUCAGAAGGAAAUUGCUGAAUUGAUGGGGCUGAAAUUUUCUGAAGAAAAUAAAGCAUCAAGAGCAAUAAGAAUAUCUUUGGGGCUGCAAAGUAAAGAGAGAAUUCUUGUGAUCUUGGAUGAUGUUUGGGCUAAGCUUAAGCUUGAAGAUAUUGGAAUUCCUUGUGAAGAGGGUAACCAAAGCAGCUGCAAGGUGCUUUUGACUACGCGUCUGCGUGGAGUUUGCACCUUGAUGAACUGUCAAAGAGAGAUUCCUUUACAUCUCUUGUCAGAAGAGGAAGCUUGGAUGUUUUUCAAAGAGUAUUCAGGAAUAGGUGACAAUUCGCCAUCUGAGCUAUUAAAGGUGGCCUCAAAUGUUGCUGUGGAAUGUAAAGGGUUACCAAUCGCAAUCGAAGCAGUGGGAUCUUCCUUGAAAAAGAAGCCUAUUGAGGUCUGGAAGGCAGCAUUAUACUGUCUGAAACAGUCAAAGCCAAUGGAUGUUGAAGAUGGAGUGAGAGAUGCCUUCUCCUGCAUUGAAUUAAGUUACAAUCAUUUGAGAACCAAAAGAGAUAAGCUAAUGUUCUUGAUGUGUAGUAUGUUUCCAGAAGAUCAUGAGAUCUUUGUUGAAGAUUUGAUCAGAUAUGGAGUGGGAUUAGGCAUAUGUGGCGAAGUUGAAUCAAUUGACACAGCAAGGAAUCAGUUGAGAGCUAGUAUUAACAAACUUAUAAACUCUUGUCUGCUGAUGCACUCUGACAAAAACAAAGAACACUUUUCUAAUGUGAAUAGAGCAGAUCAUGUGAAGAUGCAUGAUAUGGUUCGCGACACUGCUUUGUGGAUAGCAUCUAGAUCAGAGAACAAAAAGAUUCUGGUAAAUCUUGUUAAAGAUCUAAACACCUUGGUUGAAAAUGGAGACAUCAAUGAUUAUUUUGCAGUAUCAUCAUGGAACAAGAAAACGAACCGGAUUGCUGCUCAAGUCACUGCUCCAAAGCUUGAGUUUCUAUUGCUGAGUUCUAGAAUGUCCUUGGAUAUAGCAAGUGCAUCUUUUGAAGGCCUUAAAGAGAUCAAGGUUAUGGCAAUUAUCAGUGAAGGUUUUAGGACUUUAUUAUCAUUGCCACAUUCAACUCAAUCCUUGACUAACCUGCAAACUUUAUGCUUGAGAGGAUGGGAUUUAGAUGAUAUAUCUUUCAUAUUUAACCUUACAAAGCUUGAGGUUCUUGAUUUGAGAGCUUGUCGCUUCAAACAAAUUCCGAAGGAAAUUGAGAGAUUGAAUCAAUUGAAGUUGCUGGAUUUGCAAGGUUGUGCAGUUCUAGAAAACUAUAAUUCUGAAGCAAUAGGAAAUUGUGAACAGCUUGAAGAGUUAUAUGUUUCUGGACCUUCCUUCCACAAGGAUGAUAAAUGCAUGUUUCCUUGUCAAACUUUUCUUGAUGAUGUUAUAUCUUCGAAUCUACAGAGGUAUAUAUUAGAGCUUGGACCAUUACAAACUUAUGGCCAUGGCAUCAAUGAGAAUUCUAGUGUGAGAUCUCUAAGCUUGAAAGAGUUUGAUAUAUCCAAAUUUGGUGCAUCUAAGAUGAAUCUUCUGCAAAGAGCAGAGGAUAUUUACUUGAACCGCCUUCGUGGAGGAUGUAAAAAUGUUGCUCCAGAGUUGGUUAAAGCAGCGGGAAGCAUGAAUGAUUUGACUAAGCUCAGGCUUCGCUCUUGUUCGGAGAUAGAAUGCAUCAUAGAUACAUCUUCUUCUGGCAGUUAUUUUCAGUUAGAUGCCUUGAUGCCAGGUUUAGUCAAGUUAGAGCUGGAGGAAAUGGAAAACUUGAAAGAACUUUGCCAUGGUUCACCUAUCCAUGCUCUUGGCUUCUUUGAGAAAUUAGAAGAACUCUACAUAAGGAAGUGUGAGCAGUUGCACAACGUUUUCCCUGCAAACUGCGAAUUGCACAGUCUUAAAAUCCUUAAAAUUGAUGGCAGAGGACUUUAUCAUCCUACUGUUGCCAUCAGCUGCGCAGCGGUUGCACUAUUCUCUAUGUCUGCUGCCAAAAGUCUAGAACAAUUAGAAGAGCUAUCUAUAGCAGAUUGCAAGGAUCUAAGGUGCAUAAUUUCAAAUGAAGAAGAUAAUGGUAAUGAGGACAUAUCUCAAGCUCUUAACAACUCACAAUCAAUGCUCCCAAAUUUGAAGAAACUCUGCAUUCAUUAUUGUCCAAAGUUAGAAUUUGUGCUCCCAAGCUUUUGUGUUGGCCUUGAGAAAUUGCAAGAGAUAGAUAUUUUUAAGGCUUCAGAGCUGAAAUAUAUCUUUGGCAAUGAAUAUCAAAAUGAGAUCCAAACCAAGCUACCCAAUUUGAAAUCACUCAAACUCCAGAACCUCGCGAAUCUCAUUCAGAUAUGCAGGGGAAACAGUCAGCCUUGGUGGCCAUGUUUGAGGGAGCUAAGAUGUGUUAACUGUCCAAAAUUGAGCACAUCUUGUGUCAAUGUUAUGGUUAGGUCAACAAUGAGACAGCAGCAUCUGCAUAAGGGAGUUUCCCUUGAGGAGGAUCAGGGAAAACAUUUGGCCUCAGAAUUAGAGCAAGUCGAAUUUCGAGGCUUCUCUGAAUUGAGUUUCAUAUGGUCUGAUCCUACUAACAGACAGAUUUUGAGUCUUCAACAUCUUCAAUAUUUAAAGGUGGACGGCUGCGCGAAAUUGAAAUCGAUCUUCUCAGCUGUGAUUCUGAGAAGCCUACCCGAGUUGACAUCGCUUGUUAUACAAGGCUGCAAUGAACUGGAAGAGAUUGUUUCAGAGAAUGAAGAACUUCAUCAUGAUUUAUCCAAUACUAAAGUAGUGUGUUUCCCAAAGUUGAGAAACUUGACUGUCAAGAAUUGCAACAAAUUAAAAAGCAUUUUCUCUGUUUCUGUGCUUGGAAUGCCUCCUCAACUAAGUUAUCUGCACAUUUCAGAUGCUGCUGAACUUGUACAAGUUUUCAGGGAUAGUAGUGACAAGAUUGUGUUUCCAAAUCUCAGAGAAAUGAAACUGAACAAACUACCAUGUCUGGUGGACAUUUGCAUAGGAUUUGAACUAUUACAGCCAAUGAAAGCAGUGAAGAUCAUGGUAGAUCAGUGCCCAAAUUUUACUUCAAUUUCUGAAGCAACUUAAGUUUUAGCUCUUCAGAAUAGAACAAAGGUAGAGAGAUAUAAAUAUUCCUUCAUCAAUGUAAACAAUGUUUCAUUGUUAUUUGAGUUUGAUUGCAAUGUAAUCUCAUUAGAGUUGAUGAUGAAUCAUUGUUUUAAUAUCAUCAAAAUAUUUAUUUUAAUAUUUAACUCGAGACAUGUGAAAAUAAGAGAAGAAUAAAAAAUAUAAAGGAAAUAUUUGUCAGGAAGUGACUCAU